AAACAAGCAGGCAUUGUUCCCUUCAAUAACAACCCUUACGGGCAGCGUGGAGAUCUUGCGGAGUGGAAGGUGGUAUCCACAAAAGGGGUUCGAUGUGACGCCAGGAUACAAUUCUGGAGGCUAGAAAAGAGACCAGAAAGCUGCAUACCAGGCGGACAAGUACAAUGAAAAGACAAAGCAGUCGCGAUGCCAGAUUUACGCAAGAAGGUUGGACAGCUGUUCGCUGUCGGCUUCCACAGCACGGAAGUCGACACGGAGAUCAAAUCCAUGAUCCAUGAUUAUGGUGUUGGAGCAAUCAUAUUGUUCAAAAGAAACAUUCAGAAUGGGGCACAAUUGAAAGCUUUGACUCUUGCUCUGCAGCAAGAAGCUCGCACUGCAGGUCAUGAACAGCCUCUUUUCAUCGCGCUAGAUCAGGAGAAUGGCCUGAUCACUCGAAUUUCUCCACCCAUGGCACCGCAACAGCCCGGCAUGAUGACAUUGGGGGCUGCGGGCUCAGCUCAUCUCGCGUAUGAGGUCGCAAAGGCGACUGGAGAGACAUUGCGAUGUUUUGGCAUCAAUAUGAAUUACGCACCCAUUGGGGAUAUCAACUCGGAGCCAUUGAACCCUGUAAUUGGGACACGUAGCCCUGGCGACGAACCUGAAUUCGUGUCUAGUAUUUCCAGCGCCACGGCUCGUGGACUUCGUGAAGAAAAGGUCGUCCCAAGUAUUAAGCAUUUCCCUGGCCAUGGGGACACGGCCGUAGACUCGCACUUUGGGCUGCCAGUUAUCAAUAAAUCGCGCCAGGAGCUGGAAAAAUGUGAGCUUGUUCCUUUUCGGCGUGCCGUCGCAGAGGGGAUUGAGACGGUGAUGAUGGCGCACAUCGCUCUUCCCGGGAUCGGAGAUGAUAAACUACCGGCGAGCCUAUCGCCUACUGCGCUCGGAAUUCUCCGCAAGGAGAUGAAGUAUGACGGUGUGAUUAUUACUGACUGUUUGGAAAUGGACGGGGUUCGAGCAACAUUCGGAACCGUUGACGGAACAGUCAUGGCGUUGAAAGCCGGGAGUGAUAGUAUCAUGAUCUGCCAUACAUACGACGUCCAGGCCGCCGCCAUCAACAGAGUUUGUCAAGAGAUCGAGAAGGGAAAUUUUACUGUGCAGCGCAUCGACAGUUCUGCGGAUAGGCUUAAGGCUCUUAAAUCCAAAUUUCUGUCUUGGGAUGAGGCUUUGAGCCAUCCAGAUGAAAACUUUUUGGCCGGAAUAAAUGAGAAAAAUGAAAAACUCUCCCAGGAGGCUUAUGCUCGCGCGGUCACUUUGAUCCGAUCCCAGUCGGGUAUUCUUCCUCUCUCGACAACAGCCAAAACGGUCUUCCUUUCACCUGGAGGUAAUAUCCCAGCUGGAGGCGCUGUAGACAGUGGUAUUGAUGAGACCAAAUCCAGAGUACCGCAUACAUCCGCCUUAUUCGGAAAUGUGCUACGAGAGUAUAAUGCCAAUGUGACUGACAUCCGCUAUGAUGAAGAUGGUCUAUCAAGCGACCAAUGGAAAGAGAUAGAGGAUGCGGGAACCGUUAUUUUUGCAACUCGCAAUGCAAUGGAGUCUCCCUAUCAGCACGAGCUUGGCCUAGAGGUAGCUCGUCGAGCAUUGAAGGUCGUCCAUAUUGCAACAUGUGCUCCGUAUGACUUCCUAGACGAUCAAGUGGUGCAUACGUACCUAGCCACCUACGAACCUACCAUUGCGGCAUUCACUGCAGCCGUGAAGAUUCUCUAUGGUAAAGCAACUUCACAGGGCAAGCUACCAGUUGGAAAUACCUCCAGUGCAAAAGAUAUUCAGUUCAAAAUCGACCCCUUCCAUCCCGAUGACUUAGAUGCAAUUGGCGGGAUUUGGGCCGCAUGUUUCCAACCGUAUAACCUCCACGUGUCACAGCUUUCGCAGCUCAUAUCCGCUCCAGGUGGGAGACAUCUAGUGGUAAAGGACGGAGUUAGUGUCGUGGGCUUUGUUCUAGCCUUCGUUACACCAGCUACGCCUCUUGCCCAGCAAAAGACAGCGCAUAUUGCUGUCCUUGCCGUUUCGCCAUCGCACCAAAACCGAGGUAUUGGCACUGCUCUUCUUGCGAGAAUCCGUGAAAUACUCCGAGCGGAGCAUCAGCUGUUUACCUUCAAACUUGGCAGUGGGUUUCCUCGCUUCUGGCCUGGGUUGCCGUGCGACUUACUGCCAAAUGCGAGGGAAUUUUUUGUCCAUCGCGGGGCUAGACUGGUACGCGAAGGAGAUGUAGAUAUGUUUCAAGAUAUCACGGAGUUUGAAGGUUCUAACAUAUAUCUCGAACGGGCUGCGGAGAGAGGUUUCACCUUCCGACCACUACAACAAGACGAAUACGACGCAUGCAUUGAACUACAAAAGAAGAAUUUUGGCCACAGUGGGGGCUGGGUGGAUGCGUUCGUCUCUCUUCCCCCUUCCCAGGAGCCGAACAGCGUCAUGGUUGCCUUCAAUUCUACAGGCAGACAGAUCGGAUGGACUCUCAUGCUGUCGCCAGACAACAAAUUGCUCCAACAACAGUGGGCAUUCCCGCCCCUGCUAGGGCCGAAGACUGGCUUGAUAGGUUGUGUAGGUGUGGAUACAGAGUGGAGAUCCCAAGGCAUUGGGCUGGCGCUUAUAAGCCACGCAAUCCAGAAUAUGCAAGCUCGUGGCGUUGAGAAGGUGUUUGUCGAUUGGACAGACAAAGUCGAAUGGUACGGCAAGGUUGGAUUUCGAGUUUGGAAGGAGUAUAUCAUGGCAGAAAUCUGAGCGUUUCGUUUUCUCGCUUGUGCGUUUCUUGCAGAAUGAGACUCCUUAGUGGCCAACCCUCAAAAUGGUAGCCAUGUUAUUAGAAUGGUUUUUAGAUAGUAGACUACUCGGUAUCGAUAAUAAAUUGCCAGGAUUGCCUUCUUAA